AGAAACACAAAAUAAAGGUAAAGAGAAAGGAAGGUUGAAGACAACUCAGAAGUGGGCUAAAACACAUUUCAACUUCUCAUUUCUCACGGAAAAGACCUAAAUCAAUCGCUUUCCUGAGAGAGUGCACGUGGGAUAAUUUUGCUACUUAUUCUCGAGAAAAGCUUGUAAUGAAGUGUUCCACAGUGUCUCAUUCCUUCUUUUAAGGCUGUUGCUGCAUCUUUCAACGCCAGGUGCUGUUGGAUUGUCGAUCUAAUUGAUCAGAGCUGUGUACUUCACUACUAAAAUUAUCUUCGUGGACCAAGGAAUGGAUCACUAUGAUCUGCCUGGACAGAGAAGGGAUAUAAAGCACAAAGGAAGGAAUGUUGUCUGGUCAAUUGCGAUGGACAAAUGUUUAAUUGAAGCCCUUUCUAUUCAAGCAAAAAAUGGAAACAAAAUCGACAAAUGCUUUAAUGAAAAUGCAUAUACCGCUGCUUGUAUUGCUGUGAACUCUCGUUUUAACUUGAACUUGAAUAAUCAAAAAGUUGUUAAUCGUCUUAAGACGAUAAAGAAAAGGUAUAGGAUAAUGAAGGAUAUGUUGUGUCAAGAUGGAUUUAGGUGGAAUCCAAAUACAAAAAUGAUCGAGUGCGAACACGAUGAACUCUGGAAGAGAUACAUUGCGGCACAUCCUGAUGCUAGACAAUUUCGAGGAAAGCAGAUCGAGAUGUAUGAUGAACUGAAAAUUGUCUGUGGAAAUUAUCAAGCCCCUAGCCGGUGGGCUAAGUUGAAAGAUGGAAGCUUUCAAACAGAGAUGAAGAAUUGUGAAGAUGACUCUGCGUCGUUUGCUUCUCCUAGUUCAGAAGACCAAAGUGAGACUGAUGGAACAGAGUCAUAUACUGGAACUGAACCGCCAGAGUAUGGCCAGAUGCCAGAUGGCAGUCAAGAACCUCCUCUGAUCCACCCUCUAAGACAGCUACCAAAACGCCCUCGUAGCUCAGAGGCUCUUCAGGAUGCAAUGUUAGCUGUUGCGUCUAGUAUUCGACGCCUGGCCGAUGCAAUGGAACGAAGUAAAUGCUCUUUUGAUCCCUCUGAACUCUUGCAGGCAGUUAUGGAGAUCGAUGGCCUGGAGGAGUCUAAGCAGAUGUAUGCAUUCGAGUAUUUGAACGCGGACCCUAUUAAAGCAAGGGCUUUCUUGACGUACAAUGCACAAAUGAGAAAGACAUAUUUGUUUCGACAAUUCUGGUGGUGGAAGUGAAGUGUCAUACCCAAUUUUGGGAUUCUUUUGGUAUAUAGUUUUUGACAUUACGGGACAGUUUGUUUUGGUGGGGUGUUUUACACAAUAUUCAAAUCAUCUUUGGCAUAAUAUUCUGGAGGUGUAUGUACAGAUAUCAAGUGGAUGAAUAUAAAUGCUAGCAUGUUGAACUGUUAGAGACAUUUUCCAGCUUUAUCACAGCAUCUUUUCAAUUAAGCUUGUAUUAGGCGAUUGGGAAGUUUUGUUGCCUUUACCUUUCACUGGACUUUUUCUUUUUCUUAUUGUUUACCAAACUUGGACAGAGCUGGUGUAACCUUUGCGUUUCAGCCUUUGCCAUA